CAUUCUCUCAUCUCCUCCUCAAUUCUCAAAUACUCAACCAUGACUCAAUUCCUCCUCCUCCUCCUCCUCCUCCUCCUUUGUACAGAAAGAGUUCUAUCUUCCACCUUCACUAUAGUGAACGAGUGUGACUAUACAGUUUGGCCCGGCGUGCUGUCGAAUGCCGGCAGCGACCCGAUGGGGUGCACGGGCUUUGUUCUGAAUGCCGGUGAGACCCGGACGUUGAAGGCUCCGUCGGGCUGGGCUGGGCGGUUCUGGGCGCGAGCCGGAUGCACAUUUGAUGGAUCGGGUCGGGGGAAUUGUACCACCGGGGAUUGCGGGUCGAAUCAGAUUGAGUGUAAUGGCGCCGGAGCUACGCCUCCGGCGACGUUGGCGGAGUUUAAGCUUGACGGGGAUGAUGGGAAGGAUUUUUAUGAUGUUAGCCUUGUUGAUGGGUACAACAUGCCGGUGCUCGUGGUUGCUAACGGCGGCACCGGCGUGUGCGCAGCCACCGGAUGUGCGGCCGAUCUGAACCGUCAAUGUCCUAAUGAACUUAAACUAGCGGCUGGAGAUGGAUGCCGGAGUGCCUGCGAGGCGUUCGGUACGCCGAAGUACUGCUGCAGCGGCGAGUUUGCGAACCCGAACACGUGUCAGCCAUCCGUGUACUCUGAGAUGUUCAAAUCUGCGUGUCCGAGAUCUUACAGUUAUGCGUAUGAUGAUGCUACGUCCACCUUCACUUGCUCUGGUGCUGAUUACACCAUCACAUUUUGCCCUGAUUCAGUGCCAAGCCAGCCAUCGACGAAAGCUCCUUCUCCAAAGAAGAAAGGAGUGUUUCUUCAAGAUGACUCGUGGCUUGCAAGCUUGGCCAUCGGGGAUGCAAGCCCUAAGAUGAUGAAAUGGAGAAACCAUUUCCUUCGACAAGCAGCACCAACGGUCAUAACUGUUAGUUUUAGCGCCCUACUGCUACUCCGCCUCGAGAAUUGAAAUUUCAUUAUGUGUGUAAUACUCCAGAUGAUAUUUAAAAUUCCAGUCCCAAUUUAGUUUCAUCUUCUGGUGAUUUUAGACUAGAAAUCUGUUCUUCAACUUUUUAAGUGUAAACAAACUGGUUCC